AUAAUGGUGCAUUAUGGAUCAUAUGUUUUUGUGAAUCAAUCAGUGGAUAAAAUACAGCAUCGCAUAAAAACACAAGAGCAAGUUGAAUAAAAAGGGAAUGAGUGUCGCUAGUAAGUCGGGGAGCUUAGAACGCUUCGUCUAUGGCAGAUCCAGCUAACACACUCGCUGCCGCCAGCACUAGCCGCCGCAAGCGUGUGCUGCCAACGCAGCCACGUUCUGAGGCUAAGCGCCUCCGGACUUCAUCUCAAGACGACAAGAUUCCUACCGACAAAAGUACCCACAGUUCUACCAGAAUUUCACAUAAGGUUAAAACUUCCAAAUCUGGCAAUUCUCAAAAUAAGAAAUCAGACAAACCAGACCCCCACCUAUCAAAAACGAAGUCUCACGGAGAAAUUCCCUCUACUUCUUCGUCUACCCAUAAACACUCAUCAACGCAAAAUUCCAAAUCUUCAAAGAAACACAAUAAAACUGAUUCCGAACAACUCGGUACAGAGAUUGAACCGAAGGUUAAGAAAAAUUCUAGGUAUAGUUUAGAUAUUAACCAUAGACAAGAUCAUUUAGAAUAUAGUGUAAGAAACAACAACACAGACUCAUCUAGUUCACUAAGUAAUAUAUCUGCUGACGUUAACCGACAUUCAAGGAAGCACAGAAAGAGUUCGUCAACUUCAAUAAGUUCGAGAGAUAGACCAACCGAAGAUAAAAGUAAUACCUUUAAGUUCAUUAACUUAGACCUGCAUCUACGAGACAAAAAGGAGAAAACUAGAAAGAGUGAUAGAAGGGGACAAAUUCUUAUUAAACUGAAUAACACCACAGUCGAAGACUCCCUAGGAGCUAGUACUUCAUCUGCAAAUCUAACUUAUCCACAAGUUCACAAAUACCCCUUAAGAAGUCACAGCAAGAUACUAUCGAACAGCUCUAUCUCCGCUUCGGUAGUUGAAAGUAGCAGUACGAUCAAUUUACCAAAGAAAGUUUUACCAGUUCGUUUAAAAAGAGAUUUUGUAGCGCUGGGGACGAGCAGCAGUCAGCCCACCACCAGGGACGUCCAAGAGCCCUCUCGCCUCACACGCAGCGGUGCAGUGUUGAGGCGUAGCACUCGGACUAGCAAAGGGCACAGCUCAACAACGGGUUCGUGUGCAAGCUCUAGUGGGGCUAGUGGCAGCGGCAGCAGCUCGAGAAGGGCAGUGAGGCAGCAAAAGGUUGGGUCGGCCGCCCCGGCACUUCUCUCGGCUCCUGCCACACACGCUGCCGCAGCCAUGGCCGCUGAUCAACCGGAAAUGCCGAACAACGGACUUUCAGCGUCAGAAGAGCCUCCAUCUCCUCAAGAAGCGACGCAAGCAGUCCCUGCCAGUGGUGGCCCCUCAGGUCCUGGAGCUGAUUCCGAAAGUGAUGACAGCGAGGUGGGAAGAUUACAAGCUCUCUUGGAAGCCAGGGGAUUACCACCACAUCUCUUUGGUGCGCUUGGUCCCAGAAUGCAACAAAUGUUACACAGAAGUAUGGGCACAAACAGUUCCGUAGCUAGAGCUCAAGCACUUAUUCCUGGUCUUCAAGCGACUGGAGAUGAAGGUCAACAACUCCAAGCUGUAAUUGAAAUGUGUCAAGUAUUGGUAAUGGGCAAUGAGGAAAUACUAACUGGAUUCCCUGUAAAACAAGUUGUUCCAGCUCUUAUCAAUUUACUAGGAAUGGAACAUAAUUUUGAUAUUAUGAACCAUGCUUGUCGAGCUCUUACCUAUAUGAUGGAGGCUUUACCAAGAUCAUCAGCGGUUGUAGUGGAUGCUGUCCCUGUAUUUUUAGAAAAAUUACAAGUCAUUCAAUGCAUGGAUGUAGCAGAGCAGUCUCUGACUGCGUUAGACAUGUUAUCUCGGAGGCACUCGAAAGCGAUCCUCCAAGCGAGAGGAGUAUCAGCUUGCCUAACUUACCUCGACUUUUUCUCGAUAAAUGCUCAACGUAAUGCACUUUCAAUUACUGCUAACUGUUGCUUAAAUCUAUCUUCAGAGGAGUUUCAGUACGUUCAAGAUUCUUUACCCCUUCUUGCAUCCAGAUUAACACAGCAAGACAAGAAGUGCGUGGAAAGUGUAUGCCUAGCCUUUUCGCGUCUAGUUGACAGUUUUCAGUUAGAACCGUCUCGACUUCAGGAAAUAGCAAGUACCGAACUGUUGACAAACCUUCAACAACUACUUGUUGUGACUCCUCCGAUAGUUAGCACUGGAACAUUCAUCACCGUUUUAAGGAUGUUAUCGGUAAUGUGUGCAAAUUGUCCAGAUCUUGCACUAACACUUUUGAAACAAAAUAUAGCAGAAACUUUGGUGUAUUUAUUGACCGGAUCUGCCGAAGUAAAUCAAGAAGAAAUUGAGUUAAUACCAAGGCAACCUCAAGAACAAUUCGAAAUAACGGCACUUAUUGGAGAACUUAUGCCGAAGUUACCAACAGAUGGCAUUUUUGCUGUAGAUUCUCUUCUUGAAAGACCAUCUAGCGUCGCCAAAGAUCAACCGAUCUGGCAGUGGCGAGACGAUCGCGGCCUGUGGCAUCCAUACGGAGCUGUUGAUAGCAGAAUAAUCGAAGCUGCCCAUAUGAAUAGCGACGAUGAGGUUAGUUUAAAUACUUUGGGAAGAAUUUACACGAUAGAUUUCCAUUCAAUGCAACAAAUCAAUGAAGAUACUGGAACAUCUAGACCUGUACAGAGACGUUUUACUCCCAUGAGUGUUCAGUCUAGUCCUGUUGAACCAACGCAGGCACCUAGCAGACCUGUAAGUGCAAGCCGAGACGCUCGUGUCGCCUGUCUGCGUGAAGAAAGAGGUCUUGCAGCUGCUUUCAUUCGCUCCUUGUUUUCUGUUCUGUAUGAGGUGUACUCUUCAAGUGCAGGUCCAGCAGUAAGAUGCAAAUGUCUUCGAGCGUUGUUAAGAAUGGUUUAUUAUGCCAGUUCAGAGUUGCUCAGAGAUGUAUUGAAAAAUCAAGUGGUUAGUAGUCACAUAGCAGGUAUGAUGGCUUCUAGUGAUUUAAGAAUCGUCGUGGGAGCUCUCCAAAUGGCUGAAAUUUUAAUGACUAAGUUACCUGAUGAAUUUGGAGUACAUUUUAGAAGAGAAGGGGUCUUACAUCAAAUCAACAGGCUAGCUGAUCCAGAAGUACCUCUGGGAGUCAGUCCACCGAAAACAAGUAGUAGUGCCACAUCGUUUUCUUCUACAUUAAACGAAUCUCAACCUGGAACAUCGCAAUCUUCAACAAACGCUUCUCUACAAACUGCUAAUGGUUCCGCUGUCUUAGGAGCUACACCAGUUUCCUCUACAAUGUAUACAUCAACACCAGAUACGCAAAGAUUACAAGAGUCCGAAACGAGAUCACCUAGUCCUUCUCAUGUACGUCUUAGUGAUGUACUGAAACGAAAACGAGUGACAAAGCGAGCAGGAGGAUCUAGUCGAUCAAAAACAAGGCAUGAAGACAUGCCCCUUUCUCCUUCACUUAUGCAGGAUUUGUUCACUAAAGCUGCUUCCAUAGGAAAUUCUACACCAAGUAAUUCUAGACCCAGGUAUUCUGGAUCCGGUUCCAAAACUAGUUUCUUGCAAAGUUUAAAUCCGGCUAGGUGGGGAAGAAGUCUGAAUUCUUCACAUGACCGUAACUACAGCAAAGAUUCUUUAAAUAAUCUGUCAAAGUCUGCAUCAAAUUCACACAUAACUGCCGGAAACAGGGAAAAAACUAGGACAUGGAUUCGAGAUCAGGCAUCCAAAUUUAUAGAAACCUACGCUAGCACCGAAGAUGAUCCCCACCCAGCUACCACUGUUAUAAUACGUUUAAAACAAGCUAUCGACAAGCUUUCAGCUCCAGCAUGUCGCGAAGCGCUUCUGGAUCUUAGGGAAAUAUUGAUGGAGUCGGACAUAUCCCCAUUUGAAGUAAAUUAUUCGGGCCUUAUAAAGGCACUUCUUUCGUAUUUAGCUGAUGUAAACGGACCAUUUGAUAGAGAGCAAAGACUUAGGGUUUUCUUAAACGUAUUUGCUGGUUGUCCAGUUGAUGGCAACAUUAUAGACAUACCGGAAUUGAAUUCCACAUGGAUGGGGGCGCUAGUCGCUAAAUUGAAUGGGUGUGUUUCACAAUUGGAACAAUUUCCAGUCAAGGUACAUGAUUUACCUGCCAGCUCAGGUGCUGGUCGAGGUGGAACUAGUGCACUGAAAUUUUUCAAUACACAUCAGUUAAAAUGUAAUCUGCAAAGACAUCCAGACUGCUCCAAUCUAAAACAGUGGAAGGGAGGUACGGUGAAGAUCGACCCCUUAGCUCUAGUGCAGGCAAUCGAACGAUAUCUAGUUGUAAGAGGUUAUGGUAGACUUCGAGAUAAGGAUAGUGCGGAUAGUGACGAUGCUGAUACGGACGACGAUAUAGACGAUACUUUAGCCAGUGUUGUGAUAUCACAAACUGGUACCAGGCACAAGUUGCAAUUUCUUAUUGGUAACAACGUGCUGCCUUACAACAUGACUGUUUAUCAGGCUGUGAGACAAUUUAGUAACAACGGAAAUGACCAGAGUGAGACUGAUACUGAUAAUGAAACUCCUUUAGGCAAUGCUGGUAUUUGGGUCCAAACACAUAUAAUAUAUUAUCGACCAUUAAAAGAAGAACCUUCUACUUCCAUGAAGAGUAGUAGCAGCGCUUCGACAAGUCAUUCUAGCAGGAAAGGAAAAGGUUCUUCGGGAAAGAGCACAUCAAGGCGUAGAGCUGAUGAACUGUGGAAUGAAGGAGUUACACCUCUAGCCCAAUCCCCCUUGGAUCCCUUUUUGGUUACCCAGUUUCCGGAAACAGUUACCAUUCAAGAUGCCUCUUUGGAUGUGUUGUGCCUCUUACGCAUUCUAAACGCUCUUAAUAUGUAUUGGACUUAUUUAUAUCCUAGUGUUGAAUAUAAGGCUAUAUUACCCCCUCUGGAAUUCCUCAAUAGCAAAAUUGCCGCCAAAGCCAGCAGACAGUUGCAGGAUCCUCUAGUCAUAAUGACGGGCAAUUUGCCCAAUUGGUUACAACAAAUUGCUUCAGUUUGUCCGUUUUUGUUUCCCUUCGAAACCCGUCAACUACUUUUUUAUGCUACAUCUUUUGAUAGAGAUCGUGCCUUACAGAGAUUGCUUGACAUGUCACCGGAACUUAGUUCAAGCGAUUCUCAAGAACGUGUGACUCCAAGACUGGAUAGACGAAAACGUACGAUAUCUCGUGAUGAUAUUCUAAAACAGGCCGAACAAGUAAUGCAAGAUUUGGCGUCGUCUAAAGCCUUACUUGAAGUGCAAUACGAAAAUGAAGUUGGUACCGGAUUAGGACCAACCUUAGAAUUUUACGCUUUGGUUUCAAAAGAGUUACAGAAAGUUAAUUUGGAGUUAUGGAAUGCUUUUAGUGCGAGUGAAAGUGAAUAUGUUAAUAGUCCGACUGGAUUAUUCCCGAUGCCUUUAUCUAGAAGUGCAAAAGUUAGUCAAAUUACAAAAAUUAAGAGCAAGUUCAGAUUUUUAGGAAAGUUCAUGGCUAAAGCUGUUAUGGAUUCGAGAAUGUUGGAUCUUCCAUUUUCCGUCGCAUUCUAUCGAUGGCUUCUGGGUCAAGAAAGCUGCUUGACACUGGCGGAUCUACGGCACGUCAAUCCGGAACUGCACAGGACACUACGUAAAAUGCACUUUAUCGUUAAGGAGAGAGAUGAGAUUUUAGCUAAUAUGGAUUAUACACAAGAUGAGAGAAUGAGCGAGAUCGAGAAACUGGAAUUCGAUGGUUGCUCCAUAGAUGAUCUCGGCAUAGACUUUGUGGUACCUGGUUAUAAUAUAGAAUUAAUGAAAGGGGGAAAAUCUACACAUGUGACAAUCCACAAUCUCCACCUAUAUGUAAAACUAAUGUCUCACUGGUUACUUCACGAAGGCGUUUCACGUCAAAUGGAAUCGCUCAGGGAAGGUUUCGAAUCGGUAUUUCCCCUUCAUAAUUUGAAGGUGUUUCUACCUGAAGAAUUAGAGUCCGUAUUCUGUGGAAGUCCGAAAGAUUACAUCCUUGGUUGGGACGUUAAGACAUUGAUGGAGUGUUGUAGACCUGAUCAUGGAUAUACAGCGGAUUCUAGAGCUAUACGAUUCCUGUUUGAAGUGCUUAGUUCAUAUGAUAGAGAAGAGCAGAGAAUGUUUGUUCAGUUUUUGACUGGUAGUCCAAGACUCCCGGUUGGAGGUUUUAAAGCAUUAUCUCCUCCGCUGACUGUAGUAAGGAAGACUCUAGAAGGGAAUAUGAACCCCGACGAUUUUCUACCAUCUGUGAUGACAUGCGUGAACUACCUCAAAUUACCGGAUUAUACAAGUAUUGAAGUGAUGAGAGAGAAAUUAAAAUUAGCAGCUUCAGAAGGUCAACACUCGUUCUACCUUUCAUAAGAAAGUGUAUGCAACUUUCAGAAUAGGCUAUUACUCAGAUUAUAUUUUUCUUGAUUUAUUGAUGAGGAUAUUUUAAGAUAUAUCAAUAAAAAAUUUUCCAACUGAAGUAAAAGUAUGUAAAUUAUGGUACUGUAUAAUAUAUAAAUAAAUUGCUUAAUAUUUCUUUUCUAAGGGUUUUAUCUACUUUUUUAAAAGUUAUUUAAGAGAUAUUUAGUUUAAAAUGUAGUGAUAUAAACAACAUUUAAAAUGUCACAACAAUUGUGUAUAAAUAUAAAUAUGGGAAGUAUUAAACAGUUAAAUAAAAGUAUUGUAUAUAAGUAUUCCAUAGGUAUUCUAGGCUAGCAAUUACAAUUGACUUGAUAUAAAUAAUACGAAAUGACAUUUUGACUGUCGUGACAAAAUUAUUUAAACAAUUUAUGUUACUUGUCAGUUAUUCAACAUACAUAUUGGCAAAAUGCAAAAUAGAUUUCGGCAGAAAUGGAUUGACAUAUCAUAUUCAAAUGGGUCAGUUGUACCAGUAGUAUAUUGAUGGGAUACAUAUUGAUACUAUAUGAAUGGACCACGAGUUGUCAUCAGAAAUGUGUUUUUUUUACAUUUAAGAAAAUCGGAUAUGUACUGAAAAUGCUGUUAUAAGUGAGAAGAAAUAAUAAACAUAAUUAAAAAAAGUAAUUACACUACACCGUAGUCUAUUCUCAGUCAAGAAAAUGGGAGUCCAAAUAAUUACACCCUGAAUACAUCCUGAUUUUGAACUUAUUCGCUGGACUAGGACACGCCAGCUGCUUCUUGACUAGGAAUAUAUUAUACGGCGCAUGCAAAAAAAUAAAAGUUUAUUGAAACAAGUUAGUAUUAUUUAUAUUUUUUCAUCUGAUCUCUAUAUUUUAUCCCCGUCCGUAUUCCUUGAUGCAUAUAUUUUGAUGAACGAAAUUGUUUCUAUACAGUCUUCUAAAUAGAAACUGUAGUAGUUUUUCUGUUUGUUAUUAUAUCAUCACAUUCAGCUAAUAGUGCUUGGAGAACAACUUAUUCGCUAUAUUCAUUGAAUUCAUUUUUCUUCUUUUUCCAUACGCUUAGUAGCGUGUAGGCGUUUGAGUUGCUGUCUUUUAGCAACUAUUCUAAGGUUUCCCUCCUUAGAUAGUUGAAAAAUAGACCCAGAAUCUUCGACCACACCAUUUUCUUAUGUUUCUGAUCCAUGGAUGUAAUUUUCUUCUAGGGCCUCUUCUACCGUCAAUCUUGCCCGCGAAUAUAAGUUUUAAGUGAGGUAUCUUGAUCCAUUCACGACGUGUACCAAUUAAGAAAUCUUGCGCUGUUUUACUACACCUUAUUGAUCCACAUUUCGCAUGCUUCAUAUCUAUUUAUUGACCGUGUCUGUGAACUUUACAGUAUUACUGGCCACGUAUGACAUUUAACCAAACAAAGUCUAAUAUUUAAAGGCACCUCUGAGCUAAUGCGGUAUUUCUUGAAUUUAAUAAAAGCUGCCUUUGUCGUACCUCACCUUAUUUUAAUUUCUUUAUCACAAUCCCACUUAAUUGAUCAAGUGAGAGUUGAGUGGAUCAAAGGUACUAUUCUUUAACUCUUUCAAUGUGUUGUUCGUCUAUAAGGUGUGUUUGCUCAUGUUGCUGCAAGCGAAUGAUCAUAAAUUUAGUAUUUUUGAUGUUAUCCUUCAAGACUUAUUCCUUUCCUGUAUGAUUAUUACUUGUAACCAGCGCUUGCAGAUCUUCUGUCUUAACUGGUAGAAUAUCUGUCGUCUGCGUAACAAAUAUUGUUAAUUAUGACCCCAUUUAUUUUAAUUCCUCAUUUGUUUUCUAAAGCAAUUUGAAAUACUCGCUCAAUAUCGCUAAAAAUUAGUAGUUCAUCUGCACCAUAGCAUUUAAAACAACCAAUUCCAUUUUCAACGACACUUCUUCAUGUACUAUGUCCUUUCAGAACGUUGGUUACAAUCAUAGCUAUCUUAAUUUUAUUCACUGCCACCCUAAAUAGCAUGCUUGUAUCAACACCAUACCAAUCUCCAAGUUCGUGAACCAUGAGGUUCUUCUUCGUCCUGGACUGCGUUUGCCUGCUAUUUUUCCUUGCAUGAUAUUUUGUAGCAACCUAUUUUUAACCUAUAGUAAGACCGAGAACACGUAGCAGCGAAGUAGGCGGAUCCUUAAUGCCAAUUUUAGAUCUCUGUUACAUAACACCUUAGACAUCCUUCUAAUAGCAGCUCUAGCCUGCUCUAUCCUAGAUAUAAUUUCGCCGUGACUUCUGCGUUACAAUUUAAUUGCUGUCCAAGGUAAACGAUUUGAUCAACUUGCUCAAGUUUGGUAUUAUUUACAUAUAUAAACGGUUUUAUAUGCUGUUGUUUACUUAUUACGAGUAUUUUGGUUUUCCGUAUGUUCAGAUCCAGAUCUGCCUCCCUACAACUCUCAACGACACUAUCAAGUAGUGUUUGCAGAUCUUCUUGACUAGAAACUAGGGAUACUGUAUCGUCCUCAUAUCGCAAAUUAUUGAUGACUUCGCCGUUCACAAGUAUUCCUUCUUGUUUUUCAGAAAGUGCUUUUCUGAAAAUUCUUUCGGAGUAAACGUUAAAAAGCAGGGGUGACAAGGGCAUCCCUGCCGUACUCCUGUUUUAAUAUUGAGAGCCUGUGAUUCCACACCAUCUACUAAAACUGAUGUUGUUUGAUUCCAAUAUAAAUUUGCAAUUAUUCGAAUAUCUCAGUCGUCCAAGCCAAUUUCUUUUAGAGUUUCGAUCAAUAUAGAGUUUUUAACAUGAUCAAAUGCCUUUUGGAAGUCAAUAAAACAACAGUAUAUAUCUACAGAUUUAUUUCGACAUCUUUGAGUAAGUACGUUCAUUCCAAACAGUGCCUCUCUCGUUCCAAACCCGUUACGGAAACCAAACUGAGUGUCACCUAGGUAUUCCUCGCUUUUAUUCUAGAUACGACCAUGUAUUAUAUUCAGAAAAAUUUUCGACACUGUCGAACCUCAAAAAUCACUCGUGUGCUUGUCUCCUUACUCUACAAAACAUAAGGUAUAUAUAGUCAUAUCAUUUACUGGUAUUCCCAUAGAGUAGGUGACAUAGCAUUCCUUCUUCCCUUUUUAAUUAUUACUACAGGAGAGUUAUUAUUAUUCUUUUUGAGUACCCUCAAAGACUUUUUAGGCAUAUAAAACUAUAUUUGGUCUAAAAAAGAAGUAUAUAGUUAGUAGAGUUUUUAAUCAAUUUUCCAAAGCAUAUUAUUUGCUUGCAAUAACUCAAACAGACAUGGAUAAGCAAAUUAAUAGAAAAAGUUAGCCUGUUAGAAUUAUUUUAUGCUCUAUAUUUAGAUGUGUUCGUUCUGUAAAGGAGAAUGGCAGACCUUUUUAUUUUGAGGAAUGUUUGAAUGUACUAAUGAUUGUUUACAAUUAAAACUAUUUUGGAACUCGAUAGAGAAUUGGUAAAAAAUGUUAAGUAAAAGUAUCAAUCUUGUAAGCCUUGUAUUGGAAAUGUUUAAGAUAUGACAAGACAUAAGUCAAACCAUAUAGUUUUAGCACUUCUGCUUAACUACUUGAUUACAACACUUGUUGUAUGAUGGAUUCAAUUAUGAAAAUGGAGUAGAUUCUGACUAUGCUUUACAAAUGAUUAAAAACUUAAUAUUAAAAGUAUUUGAUCUUAAAUGUUUAUUGCACUGUUUUGAAAUAUUUACAGCAUAUAAUAUUCAGAUUCUUUCAUUGUUGGUUUAAACCAACCGAUCUAUACUUCAGUUGAAAUACUGCAAAAGUUUUAAAAUAUUCUUAUCGAUUAUUUAUUAUUUGUCGGAAAAACUGUGUAAUAGCCUGCAAACGUAAAAUAUACAAUCGAAUAAUAUAAAAUAUUGUAUUUAGCACUCACCUAGUGAGGCAAUGUGUCAUUUUUUACUAUAUUGCUGUAUAAUUUAUUCUUAAAGAAUUGAAUUUUGGUUGUCCCUUACUUGUUUUAUUUUAUUUGAAUGUAAAUACGCAUUUUCCUUAUGUAAUAGUCCAAAGUGGAAAAAAAUUAUUUUGUC